CGGCGAACGAUCUCCGGAGCUCCAAGCUCAGGCGUCACCGCCGACCACGACGGCGAUGCGCUCGUGACUGCAAUUGCGCAACGACAGCUACAAGUCACUGAAGCUGUACGCACGUGAAGGAUGACUACGGUGCCACAAUAGCAGAGCCGACCACAGCCCUGCAUGGCCUACGACACCUCGAGCGGCUAUGCGCCGCCCAGCACGAGCAACGCGCAGGACGAUGCAUCGCUGCCCAUGUUCAGCAUAGAGCGCGUGUCGCUGCAGUUCUCCAUAUCGUCGGACUUUGUCGCCGCCGCCGUGGCCAACAACGUCCUGGUCCUGGCCCUCUCCACGGGCCGCAUCCUGCGCAUCGACCUGGACAGCCCGGCCGACAUCGACGACAUCGACCUCCCGAAGAAGCCGUCGGAAAUUGGCGUCAUCAGGCGCCUGUUCCUCGACCCCUCCGCCUCGCACCUCGUCGUCACCACCACCCUCGCCGAGAACUACUACCUCCACACGCAGUCGCGCACCCCCAAGGCGCUGUCGCGGCUGAAGGGCGUCGUCAUCGAGAGCAUAUCAUGGAACCCUUCGCAGCCCACGGCGUCGACGCGCGAGAUCCUGGUCGGCGCAUCAGACGGGAAUGUGUAUGAGGUGUUCAUCGAGCCCUCGUCUGAAUUCUACCGCAGGGAGGAGCGCUAUCUGAAGAGCGUGUACAACACCACGGAUGGCCCUGUGACGGGACUGUGGACGGACAUCGUACCCGGACGACAGGACCUGCGGCGGGUUAUCAUCGCAACACCGUCCACGUUCAUACAGUUCGCAGGGAAAGUCGGGCGCAAUGCCCACGAAGGCAGCGGCUCCAUCUUCUCCAAGUUCUUCGAAACCGAAUCUGCGACCGUCCACGAGCUGCCGAAUGUCUCUUCGACAGCCACCUCGCUGCUGGCGGUCUCGCCCGAGAACCAGCAGACGCCGGACCAGGAGCGCCUCAACAGCGAACGGAUCUUCGGCUGGCUGACGUCGCAGGGGGUGUUGCACGGAAAGCUGUAUCUCCCCCAAGACACGUCCGAUCUCGGAGCCAAGGUCCUCGCAGACUCGAAGCUGCUGCCCAGAUCGCAGAUCCCCGCGUCACAAACCGCCAGUGGUCGGACCAGGCGGACGAACGACGCAGUCAGCUCGAUGAUUCUCAGCCAAUGGCACAUUCUGCAGCUGGUGGAUGGCAGGGUGGUGGUGAUCAAUCGCCUGGACGACACGGUCGUCUUCGAUCAGGCCGUACUCGAGCCUGGGCAGAGCGCGUUGAGCCUCGUCGCCGACAUCAAGUCCAACACCUACUGGCUGUUCACCACCCGCGAGAUUUUCGAGAUUGUUGUCACAGACGAGGCUCGAGAUGUGUGGAAGAUCAUGCUCCGGUCGCAGCAGUUCGAAGCAGCUUCCCAAUUCGCCAAGACGUCCUCGCAGAAGGACGCCGUUGCAACGGCGUCAGGUGAUUAUCUAGUCGGCAAGGGCCAGUACCUCGAAGCGGCGGCGGUGUACGGGCGAAGCACGAAGCCGUUCGAGCAAGUAGCGCUCACGUUUAUUGAUCAGGGCGAUCAGGAUGCGCUCCGCAAGUACCUCCUCACAAAGCUGUCGACACUGAAGAAGGCGGCGCUGAUGCAGCGGACGAUGGUCGCUACGUGGCUGAUUGAGCUGUACAUGGCCAAGCUCAACACCCUGGACGACACGAUCACGACCAAGGCGGAGCUGUCGGAGAGCAUGAACACGGCCGAGACCCAGGACCACCUCUCGGCGAUCCGGAAAGACUACCAGGACUUUGCGUCCAAGUACAAGACCGACCUGGACCGCAAGACGGCGUACGACAUUAUCAGUAGUCAUGGCCGGGAGGAAGAGCUGCUGUACUUUGCCACUGUCGUCAACGACUACAACUACGUGCUGUCCUACUGGGUGCAGCGCGAGCGGUGGCCCGAGUCGCUGGCGGUGCUCAAGAAGCAGACCGACGCCGAGAUCUUCUACAAAUACAGCAGCGUACUGAUGGCGCAAGUCCCCGUCGAGCUCGUCGAGAUCAUGAUGCGGCAAACGAACCUCGACGCGCAGAAACUCAUCCCGGCGUUCCUCAACUACAACAACACCACCAAAGCGCCCCUGAGCCAGAACCAGGCCGUGCGCUACCUGCUGUUCGAAAUCAACCAGCACCACUCGACCGACGCCGCCGUCCACAACACCCUCAUCUCCCUCUACGCCUCGCACCCCACAACCGACGAGUCCGCGCUCCUCGCCUACCUCGAGGCCCAGUCCCUCGCCCACGAGCAACACUACGACGCCGACUUCGCCCUGCGCCUGUGCAUCCAGCACGCCCGCGUGCAGUCAUGCGUGCACAUCUACACCUCGAUGGGCCAGUACGCGCGCGCAGUCGACCUGGCCCUGGCGCACUCCGCCAUCGAACUCGCCUCCAGCGUCGCCGAGCGCGCCACGCUCCCCACCCCCGGGCGCAAAAAACUCUGGCUCGCCAUCGCGCGCGCCGUUAUUACCUCCUCGCCCUCCAUCGCCCCCGCCAUCGCGUUCCUCCGCCGCUGCCCCCUCCUCCGCAUCGAGGACCUGAUCCCCUUCUUCCCAGACUUCGUCCGCAUCGACGCCUUCAAAGACGAAAUCUGCGCCGCGCUCGAGGGAUAUAGUCGCGCCAUCGACGCGCUGAAAUCCGAGAUGGACGACUCCGAAGACACGGCCAGGCACAUCGCGUCCGACAUCAAGGCGCUCGGGCAGCGCUACGCGGUCGUCAGGCCGGGGGAGAGGUGUGCGCACUGUGCGCUGCCGCUGCUGAGUCGCAUGUUCUUUGUUUUUCCGUGCCAGCACGCGUUUCACGCGGAUUGUCUGGCGAAGAGGGUGGUGGAGUUGUCGGGGAUUGCGCGCGGGAAGCAGAUUCGUGAGUUGCAGGGGGAGGUGGCGAGGGGGGGGGGGCGGAGGGAGAGGGCGGUGAGGGAGUUGGAUGCGUUGGUUGGGUCUGCGUGUGUGCUGUGUAGUGAACUCGCGGUUAAGCUCGUUGAUGAGCCGUUUAUCACUGCCGCGGACGAUCGGGAGGAGUGGGCGCUUUAGCGGGGUCUACGGUCUGGAUUGAGGUGUGCGCUUGUGCCAGUGUGGAUGUACGGUAGGUGCGGCGCGUUGCUUUGGGGUGGGGGGAU